AUGCAGGUACCGAUCGGAGCUUAUGGAUACUCCGUGCGUAAUUGCGCACCUGCGUCGCUGCACCUGCACUACCAGGGAGGGCAGUGCGAGUCGAAACCACCCAGUGGGAAAUCUUUUACUAUUGAGGCUUUGCUCGCCAAACCCGAGGACACAACCAGCGGCCGCACGAGUCCUGCUAAGUGCGGAGUAAAAUACGAGCCAGCAGCACCAUCUCUGCCUUUUACCGGACACGUAGGCUUACCGAUAGGACCAGCUCCGUGGGUCUACUCCUCACCCAACGUGUUACACUCAGCGAUCCACACGCAACCUGGAUAUUCCGUCUACUGUUACUCACCUUUCACCUACCAGCCAUCGUGUCGAGGCGCACUUUACGCUCAAGCUGCAAUGCCCAAAAUCAACGUGGGGCUACAUUCGCUCAAAACGAAAGGUGGGAAGUCAAAGAGGAUGCGCACCAGCUUCACCAGCGAGCAGCUAUCCCGCCUGGAGAAAGAGUUCGCCCGGCAGCAGUACAUGGUCGGAUCGGAGAGAUUCCUCCUAGCGUCUUCUCUGCAGCUCACCGAAGCUCAGGUCAAAGUCUGGUUUCAGAACAGACGCAUCAAGUGGCGCAAACAGAGUCUAGAACAGCAGCAGGCCAAACUGGCCAAACUGGGCCUGGCUGCUCCACCGAAAAGCCCCGGAUCUCAAGGGAACGGAGAUGAGGGCGAUGAGGAUGAAGAGUUCUCCGAUUCGGAUGUGGAUAUUGACGUAUCUGACGACUCCAAUGAGCACUGCUGAACCAACCACCGGACCUUUGACUACAAUA